AUGCCAACAGACAGUCCUCAGUUGACCUUCACCAGCGCCUUGAGCAUAGUCAACAACUCGCACCUCACAUUCCUUGGACUGGCCUCCUUCCAAUUCCUGCUCUACCCAAAUCUGCGAAUCUUCGGAAAUCCCCGUCUCUGCUACCUUUUGUCUCCGAGACUGUGGCAUGAUCUUAUGGCGUUGCCGAAUUCCCUUUCCCAGCCCGAUGCCAUCAAAGACAGACCAGCUCUGCACAAGCGCCGGUCUCGCGGCUCACAGUCCGACUCGGUCGGCAUGUCAUCCGUUGUCGGGCUGGCCGACAACAAAGCCUCCGCUGGACCACGUGCCCUGACCACUCUCGACUCGUUGAUGGCCGGCCUGAAGCCGCAUGUCGCUUGGGUUGCCAGUCUGUUGGUGGAGCACACGGAUUUCGCCAACUUUCUGCUGCGGAUAGAGCACCAGGCGAAGAGGCUACGAGACCGACAGGCGAGUGUGCAGAUUGUGGGGAAUGGGAGCCCUGAUCGCUGUCUCGGUGAGCACACAAAUUGCGGAUAA